CUUUCUCUUGCUGAUUACAGGGUCUCCCACGGCCACUGUAGGUGUUGAUGCUCCUAUAGUAGUAACAUCCGACGUUCACUGGCCGCGACCGCAGCCAGCGUUGGCUAAAACAUACGCCAUCUGUCCGUGAUUGGCACACGGCCGUACAGCAGGCGCUGGGUUCUUCUAUCCCUUGAGAGCGAGUGCCUUCCCGCAGCGACGUUUGCAGAUAUAGAUCGGAAGCCAAACUGUUUCGGCGUAGCGCUAGGCAGCUACAGGAUGCAGGCGACUACUCGCCGACGACGGCUAUCAAGCAGGGACCGACAGCUGUUGACAGGGAGCACGGUGGUGGUGGAAGAGUCCACAAAGGUCAGGUUUCGUCUGAGAGGACCCUUCCACAGUCAACACGUCCCCUGUACCGAUACCAUGGUACGUUGAUACCCCGACGACAUGCUGGAUGUGCCGGCGAGGCACCGACAAGGAUCAUACUGAAAUCAACCUGCAAAUCAUUCCGAAUGGCUGUGGCAGAGCACCGGUUUUUUCCUACGGCGAAGACCGCUCAUAUGACAACGACGGGUACCGAAGCCUCCCCAUGGCAGGCCAGCCAAGCGCUACUACGUUGUCAACCGAGGUCCAGUUGAGGCACCCGUGAUUGCUAUUUUCUUAGGUAUAUAGCUGUGUUAUCAGCGAAGAUGUCGAUCCUAGUCUCAACGCAACAUCCUCCGCCUUCCGUCAGGCGUGGCUCGUCAUGGCUCUUCCGAUGGCAACAGCAGACCUCAUCGGCACGCUCCUGGAGACCAUGUGCUACGGCGAGUGGCUCUGGCUCAAUCGCUCCACCAGAGACAAGCUCAUUCAUCUAACAUUACAGGUCAAUCGCAUACUUCACGCAUUCACUGAUCACUUGGAUGUGGCGAACGCACCAGGAACAUACUAUCGCACGCUUAACGGGUGGUACAGUGCUGUCAAGGCCUCCAUCUAUACGGUACUAACCCUUGUUUGCGAUGCUCUCAUGAUAUACCGGGUUUUCGUGGUUCAUGACCGCAAGUGGCUGGCAAUAGCUGUCCCUUCCGUGCUCUUUCUGACCAAUAUAUCACUGGGUGUAUGGUACAUAUGGUGUGUUUCGCGGCCUCCAAAGGCUGAGGACAUGCAAAUCGGCUCCUAUUAUGCUGUCACUAUAUUACUCAAUCUCCUGUGUACAGUCAUGAUAUCAUGGAAGAUUUGGGGCAUCCACAGAAAGCUUCCGGGGCCCACUGUCGCAGGGAUCCGCAUCAUGGGAGUCACUGCCGUGAUCAUCGAGUCAGCGGUAAUUUACUCUUGCGUUCACAUUCCACUCAUUGUAAUGAGAUUCAUGCAUACGACUGGACUGCCGAUAGUAUUGGAUCCUAUGUACCCCAUCAUCGGAAUGAUCUUCUCGACUGUGAUGAUUCGCGCGUCGAGAGAACACCGCGACACCUCCAAGGAUGGGGAGCCUCCUCGCGUUACGCAUUCCGAGACAGAGCAAUAAAAUCG